AUGAUCCCACCGGAACUCACGCCGGUUCUGUGUCGGUAUCUGGACACUCCGUCGCUGGUGGCGCUCUACCAGACGUGUCGGAGCUGGAGACAGGUGCUCAGCGAGCGCGAUUUCAAACAGGUGCUGCAACACGAUCGCCCAUGGAUACAACUGCAAAACUCGACAAAAUGCUGCUGGAAAAAAUGCGCCCUCGAGGCUGUCGGAGCAGAACGGAGGUCACGUGAUCCGACCAGCUCGCUCGAGUCCUUCAAGCGGUCGUUUCUGCACUACUCUUUCCCCGUGCGCCAGGAUGUCGCUCUGCCAGACGACUUUUACGUCCUGUGUAAACAGCCGCUGUUGGGCACGCAGAUCACGUUUUGCGACUCCGGAUUCGUACACGUUGGAACAGGCGGGCAGGGCGUUUUUGUGUCGCUAUCGCAGUCUCAGAGCGAGCAGGGCCCGACUGGUAUAUCUGUACUUGGAAACAGGGUAGCGAGCCCAUAUGGAAUCAGCAUGGAAGUUGGACCUGAUUUGGAGAUGGCAAUUCAUUCCAGCACGCCCGAGGUUCUAGCCACGGCCGUGGUUAUCAUGGACGAGCCCUUUGACGGUCGUGAAGUGGAUGGAAUGUAUCUGUACGUCAAGUACAGUGAUUCUCCUUCCGAAGAACCAGACGCCGUCAUUUUCUCAGAGUUUCCCUCUGGAUACGACUCGGAACCAACCGUGUACACUGUGGGAGGGUGUGUGUUUGUUCAGACCGAGGUGGAUGGUCAAAUCCAUACUCAAGUUGUUCGACAUGGCGAGCUAGAGCUUUUGGACGUUUCCGGGUCGAAAAACGUUGGAUUGGUGUGUUAUGACGCUUCUUACUGGGUGGUAGACUCGUGUUGUUGGUCCAAUAACAAGUCCAGUUGUUCUCCAGUGUGCCAGGACCCUCUGUACCCCCAGUUUGCCGUGUUUUACGAUAACUAUGGAUUCCGAAGCCACGUGGUCGAUCUGAAGAACAGACUUACCAUGAAUCUGAGACACGAGACCAAGGGAGAGACGGUUGCUAUUCCCGGCAUUUCAAACGGACAGCUGGAAGUGUACACCUUCUCCAAGGCCUACCUGGAGGGUAGAAUGGAGAGGAACGAGUAUGUUGACUUCACAAGGACGCUUAACAAUACUCCUGCCACCUGUGAGAAGAAGUUAUGA